ACCAAUAGGAGAGCAGAGGGUCGUGACGUCAUUUCCUGACCGCUAGUUUUGAGGGAAGUGUGGAGCUGCUACGACACAGAGCUUAACGUACAAUAAACAGCGAGUCAAGAUGCCCCCUAAAGCCAAAGCGGCAGGCAGAGGCAGAGCUCCGGCCAAGCGGAAGCUGGCGGAGGAGUUUCCCCCCGGCGAGGUCCUCACGGACACCGGGAAGAAGACCUGGAAGCUGGGCGCUCCGAUCGGCCAGGGCGGCUUCGGCCUCAUCUAUCUGGCGGAUGAGGAUUGUGGCAAACCCGUCGGUGCUGAGGCUCCUUAUGUCAUCAAAGUGGAGCCCAGUGACAACGGGCCGCUGUUCUCUGAGCUCAAGUUCUACAUGCGCGCCGCCAAGCCCGACCUGAUUCAGAGCUGGAUGAAGUCCCGCAAGUUGAAAGCGCUGGGCGUGCCCAGGUACUGGGGCUCGGGCCUGCAUGAGCGCGGGGGCAAAAGGUACAGGUUCAUGGUCAUCGACCGGCUCGGCACCGACCUGCAGAAGAAGUUUGAAGAAUGUGGAAGGAGGUUCCCGAGGAAACUGGUCCUGCAGCUCGGCCUUCGACUGCUGGGUAUUCUGGAGUACAUCCACGACCACGAGUACGUGCACGCUGACAUCAAGGCAUCCAACCUCAUGUUGAGCCACAGCGAUCCCAACCAGGUUUACCUGGUGGAUUAUGGGCUGGCCUACAGGUACGCACCUGACAGUGUCAUCAAGGAGUACAAAGAGGACCCCAAAAGAUGCCACGAUGGCACCAUCGAGUUCACCAGCAUCGAUGCACACAAAGGAGCAACUGCGUGUAGGCGCAGUGACCUGGAGAUCCUGGUCUACUGUAUGAUCCAGUGGCUGUGUGGACGGCUGCCCUGGGAGGACAAGCUGCAGGACCCCCUCUACGUCAGAGACGCCAAAAUCAGGAGCCAAGAGAACAUCUCCGAAUUUCUGACCAAGUGUUUCUCCUCUCAAGACAAGCCAGCUGAGAUCCAGAGGUUCAUGGAGGAGGUGACCUCUCUGGGUUACCGAGACCGGCCGGCGUACGACAAGCUGCGCUCCAUCCUGCAGGCCGGCCUGGAGGCCAUCCAGGCUAAAGACGACGGCAAGCUGCAGUUCAGUCCUCCGGUCGGUGGAGGGGUCGCCGCCCCCGCCCCCGCCCAGAAGACCACCAAGAGGAGGAAGGUGGCCGACGGCGCAGAGGCGAGUGAGCCUGACGGAGGAGUCGCCAAGAAGAAGAAAAAAGAAGUGAAUGGAGGGAAGAAAAGCCCCCCGAAAAGACAAAAGAAGGUGCAGGAAAACUGUGACCCCAAAUCCAAACUGGCAGCGAUGGACCCGCAGACCUCCACCAGGAGGGCCCUUAGACCCCGAGGCAGACCCAAUAAAAGCAGCGCCUGAGCUUUGCCGAUGUUUGACUGUAUGUGGUGAGAGACGGAUCUGUUGUAAUAAAGAGGAAAUGAACGUCUCCA